ACGGCUCUGAAAGCGUUCUUGGCCGUUUGAGCCCGACUUGCCCUGCUUUAAUAAGUGCUUACAGUUCCUCACCCCGAUGAGUCUGCAGGACAAAGUGUACAUUGUGACCGGCUCCAGCUCCGGAAUAGGGCGGGCGACCGCCUUGGAGAUCUGUCGCCAAGGAGGGAGAGUUACCUUGCAUGGGCGCGAUGCGAGUAAGCUCCAAGGUGUUGCAGAUGAGUGCAGCUCGCUCAAUCAGAUCGAGCCACCUCAAAUCGUCGGAGACGUAACUGAUCUGGAGAUCCAGAAACGACUCGUCAAUGAAACGAUUAUCCGCUACGAGAAACUCGAUUGUCUCGUGAACAAUGCAGGCAAUUCAUCCUCCUACGGUGGCAUCGAUGGAACCUCGCUUGAAGAUUUACGCUCUACUUUGGAAGUGCACUGCGUCGCUCCGUUCAGUCUGGCUAAGCUCGCGACCCCACAUCUAGUGAAGUCUCAGGGCUCCAUCGUGAAUGUCUCGUCCGUCCUUGGACAAGCCGCUUCAAACGUCGUCAUAUCCUACAGCGCGGCGAAGGGAGCUCUCGACUCACUCACUAGAGCUCUCGCCGUGGAUUUGGGACCUAAAGGUGUCCGUGUGAACUCAGUGAACCCCGGGGUCAUUCAAGACACCGACAUUGGCCGCGUUUCCCGCACCGCUUUCGACGCGUUUUGGAUGACGCCCGAUAGAUACCCAUUGAACCGUGUGGGGAAGUCGGAAGAGAUCGCCAAGGCAAUUAUCCACUUGUCAACAGCAACGUUUACGACGGGGGAAAAUUAUCGGGUUGAUGGCGGUCUUCUGGCCGGAUGUUACUGGGCUACAAACAUGUAA